AUGCUCGCUUCGAGGUCCUGCCCAAAGUGUGCGACACCCCUGCAAAGGGUUGUGAACGGCCACUCGGGAAUGGUGGUCGAUGUUCCGGGAGAAGCGAUCUUCGAGGCGGCGAAGAUUGCCAAGCGCGCGAAUCCGUCAUUGUCCGUAUUCAGUUAUACGCUGAGAGUGGAGUGGGCUUACAACUGGGUUGAAGGAUCUGCUUCUGUCGCAUACGAGCCAUUCGUGCCAUACUUUUCUGUGCCCGACGGCACAGUGUGGACAGUGAAAAAUGAUGAGAGGCGAUUUGCGUUUACUGUCGGAGUCUACGCGUGUACUCCCUACGAAAAGACGAUCAAGUGGACGGUGCAGAGUGCGAAUGAUCCACGAACGGCAGCGGAGCUUCUUGAGAUCGACGGGAACUUGACUACCAUGCACUUCACCGUCUCGUUGGCUCCAAUAUCGCUGUUGCCGGGCGAGCGGUACUCUAUAACUCUUGAGGUGUCAUACGUUGACGCUCCCUCUUACAAAGGAUCCACGACUAUAGAGAUUGACGUCGAACAGCCUCGUCCUCCAAUAGCACAACUUCAGAUGCCGGACUCUGUUGAGGCAUGCGACACAUUCCAGAUUGACGCAUCGGCCUCCAAGUCGAAUGCGCCUGACAACAGAUUGGAAGCCACCUGGCAGUGUGUCUCGGGCUGCAAUGCAGCGAUCAACGACGUCCUACGAAGACAGAAGAACAAACUGAUGUUCACUGUCGGCUCCGAUGUUGUUUUUGCCAUGGCGAAGACACAUCGAGACGGCAACACCGGCGGCAGCACCUUUCUCCUGCAGAUACAGCUAACAUUGACGAAUUCGUAUAAAGUGACAUCGACGGCGACAAGCACCACUCGCAUUGCAGUUCAUCUUCAGCCUCCUGAGAUUACAUCCUUGACUCCAACUGCCGCCUCGGUUUCACACAAAUCCCCGUACACCAUGGGCGUGGACUUGAAGUUCUGCAACGUCGCUGGAGCGGCCGAGAACCAAGGGUUAGACAUUCGCUGGACUGUCAAGUCCAAGGAGGACCCGCGUGAUCUGAACCAGAUCCUCCAGUUGAGCGACGAAGCUCUCAGCGCGACAUUUCCUGCCUACAGCUUGAAACCUGCUGCGGCCUACACUGUGAGUGUUGCCGUCACAUACCUCGACGAUACGCGCGUGAAGAGCUACGCAUCUUUCGAGCUCCAAGUUCGUCCGGCGCCUGGAUUUCCUCCGGUUAUACAGUUGCAGUACCCGACAGUCGUGCGGAACUGUCAGCCAAUUCUUCUGGACGCAACCGAAACAACAUCGUCCGCCUCUGAACCUGGCCUCACCGUCAGCUGGGCCUGCGUAACUGCCGACUGUCCACGAGAAAUCAAGGAACUCGCCGAAGCAGAGAAGACCCUGGCUCUGACCAUUCCAGACGACAUUGUCUACGGCGUUGUGGAGCAACUCCUUGGCUCCACUGCAUCAGCAGAAAGCCUCAAGUUCACCAUCGUCCUCGAGGUGAAGGACCGGGACAUGCGGACAGCAUCUGCCUCCGCGACACUCGCAGUAACAAAAGAACUUGCGCCUCCCACCGUGUCGCCCACGACCGCGACGUCUUUCGAACUGGAGCCGAGCCAAACGGCGACUAUGGGAAUCGCGGUUGCUCAGUGUCCACACUUCCCAGCCGGCGCCCGUCCAUCGACUCUGGUCGAGUGGUCGGUUUCUCCGGACGGUCGGCCGUUCAAACUGCAGGAACUUGUCGAUAUCGCGUCGAGCACGCCUACGACAGCAACGACGAAGGCCGGUAGUCUUGUUCGUGGUCUUGCGUACACGUUCGAGGCCCGAGCGUUUUAUCGAGGCAGUGAAACUCUGGCAAGCUCGGCCGUUUUCCGCGUACUGGUGGAUAAAGCCGGGACUGUGCCGCCCUCAGUUUCGCUGACUGGGCCCGAGGGCGUCGCCUUGACAGCAUGCGAGGGAUUUUCCGUCCAGAGCACGGCGUCAGCUGGCAACACCGACGACCCCACCGUAAAGAUUUACUGGAUUUGCUUUGACGCCGACUGUCCGGCGGAAUACGUCGAGUUCUUGGAGCAUCAGGCCAACCAGCCCGAGCUUCUUGUCCCUCCAGCCAUGGUUUAUAAACUUGCAAAGGCGAACCGACAGAAGCAUCCUACGGCAACUACUUUCAUGCACAGAGUUGGCGUGGUUGUCUUGAAUUCGGACCGUCGGCAGGCAACGGACUCCGUCCAAGUAGAAAUCGAGAACUAUCCAGCUUCGCCAACUCUCCAACCAGCAGGACCAUUAAACUUCAACAUCGACGCUUCGGAGACAGUUACCAUGGCGGUGGCCCCCACCUACUGUACCCACGCCGACGACUUCGCCUUCACGUGGGAGAUCAAAAGCGAGUUUGAGAACAGGCCAUCGACCGAACUGCUUACAGAAAGUCAAAAUGGGUACAGAGCUACCGUCGAGGCUGGCAAGCUGAUCGGUGGAGUUACGUAUACAGUAGUCGUCUCCUUGGCAUACGGUGACCUCCCGUCGCCAGCCUCGCUGGUUUUUGAGAUCACCGUCGCGCCGCCCGGUACCCCCGCAGCGCAUCCAACAGCAGUUGUCACUCACAGACGACUGACGGCGUACUGCUGGCUACCUGCCACCACCCAGGUGUCUCUGCAAAGCUCGCUCACGCCUCCCACCCUCCGCGCAACGUCGCAGCAGACGCUACAAAUUGAGAAUCAAGAAAGAGUCACGUUGAGCGCGGAAGUCGACUACUGCGAACACGUGAAAACAGACACUUCUUCCGGGCUGUCGGUGGAGUGGCGGUCGACAAGCACCGAUCCUCGGCCCUUCGAGGAUCUUUUUUCUGUUUCCGACAACCAGUUGAUUGCGACAGCGGAGCCGGGGUCUCUCCACGCAGGCACUGACUACACCAUCAAACUUCAAGUCGCGUACGAGGGAAACUCGAGACAGCACCAAAGCCUUGAAUACACCGUCCUUGUUCAGAAAGCGACUUUGUUUCUCAGCUUCAACGUUGACACGCUCCCAGAACCAUGA